AUGGACUGGUUUGGUGUUUGUGUAGGAGGAUCACUACUCGCAGGGACAAUUGUGUUAGCUGCAGGCUAUCCUUACGGUGUCAAGGAAGAUUUUAAAAAAUACAUGCAAGAAGAGAGGCCGUAUCGUCGGGCUGCAGCGUUGGCUUUCAUUGUAAUCGUUUUCGGACUCGGUGGACCUUUGUGGUAUUACUCAACUAGGACCUAUCGUGCACAUUUCGAUACUUUUCCUGAAGGGCAAACAAUUUCGCUAUCUGUUCAGAUUCAUCUCGCUGUUACUAACAAGACUCUCGAAUCCGAGCUGGGCCCUUUGGAACAAAUUAUCUUAGACCACCUUCAUGAUGGUGAAGUGAAAUCACCGCUGAACAUCCGGUGGAACAUUCUGAACGAAGGGCUGAGAGAUUUGCGUUCUCUGGAGCAUGAUCGAAUAAUGUCAUCGGAGUCGUUGGAAGUGUACAUUGCCGUGGUUUCUCCGGAACAAUGGACACAAUUUUCAGCCAUAAACUUAUACCUUGGUCGCGGUCGUUGGGCUUUUGUUCAGUAUACAUCUGAAAAAGAAAAGCUUGUCGAAAGGUUGCAUACGCUUAUUUGGGAGGUCAUGGUAGAUGUUCCCCAUUUGAGUGCCAUUGUAAAACGAGACAUGAGAGAGCGAAUGGAACCGUGGCAAAUAGCAGCGCUGUCACCAUCUCAUCAGAAACGCCUUGUAUGGGAUUCAGUUCCAUUGUCGAUGAACUACAUCGUACAGGUGAUACAUGUGCAUGAUAACGCGUCGCCAGAUACAUUUCGGCCAAGUAACAUCAUGGAAGUGGUUGGAGUAUUCGCAAAACGUUUACGAAACGUUACAAAAAUACAGCUCAGCUCAGAACACCUGUGGGACUUCGAGAUCUCAAACUUUUUUGAAACGGAUGUACAGGGCAGAUAUACGCUCACACAAGAAGGAAUGGAACGCUUACUGAAGGAGGUCGAUUCUCAAUUGCUGUCUGUGGAAUCUUCAUUACCUGUUCUGAAAAUGAUUAUUAUCGAAGUAGAUGUACCUGUGGUGAUGUUGGACACUACC